CAGACCGCCUCGCGCACGUUACGACUCACGGAGAACAAGCGCCGCUAUCGCGCGCGCCGCAAGGAAUACGUGGCCGAUCUCGAACGAAUGUUGAAAGAGGCGCGGGAGCGUGGUGUACAAGCUACGAAGGAGGUGCAACUUGCGGCUCAGCAGGUUGUGCAGGAAAAUGCUAGGCUCCGGGAGCUCCUCGGCCUUGCUGGUUUCAGUCACGAAGAUGUUGACGCCUGGGUGAAACAGGGCGGCAGUGGAAGUAGAGGGAAUCACGAGAGCUGUGCUCGGUGGCGGACUUGCGAGCAAAAAGCGAGGGACUACGCCUCCAAUAGAAUACAAGUGGAAGCCGCCAGCGAUAGCAGUGGCUCUGGUCGCAAAACCACCUGUAAAGCCUCUGCCACGCAGAUGCCCGACAUUCCAGAGCUCAUCCACGCAACCGAGACUUCUUUGAGCAUUGGGGACAAGGGUUGCGACACUCUGUCGCGAUCAAGCCAAGACCAGCCGUCCCCGACGGCGCCCACCAGCAUUGACUCACCAUCUCAAUUAGGGGAGGUAUGUCGGUCAGCCGCCUCUCCGUCGGGGGAUCCCUUGCUGGCGGCGAGGCCGAAGCCGCCGUGCAAACUUCUCUCGCGCCUCGCGGAGAACCCUGGUGCGGACCUGACCCAGAAUCCCGAUCUUCCAGCUGCGGAUGAGCUCGCUCCGACUUCUGGCGAUGUGGAGGGAAUUGAGUGUGCUAAGGCGUACGAGAUGCUCAUGCGUUUCGCGACAUCUGAGGAGAAGAUCGACGACGUUGCAGAGGCGUUAGAGAACGGGUGCACGUCGAAUGGCCAGGGAGGGUGCGCUGUCAAGAAGAAGGUCAUUUGGCAAGUUCUGGACGGGAUGGUUGGAUGA